AAUUGAUAAGACAAUAUAUGUAACUAUAUACGACUAACUAUAUACUAAAUUAAUAUAUUUAAAUACAUAUCAGCAGUCAGGCAUAUCGUUACAUAUAAAAAUACUUAUGUUUACUUGGAAGUCCGCAUGUACUUAUCAGCGUCUAGUUCAUUGUUUUCUUAAGCUGCGAAUUCGAUUUGAAGCUUUCAGUGUUCUCUCAGUGGCUGCUCGAUUAAGUUGUGGUCACAGCAAAACUUUUAUUGUAUUUCAUUUAUCAUCGCUUUUUAGUGUACCUACAUUUCACAUAUAUUAUUUGCAUACAUUAAUUGAGUGAUAUUAAAUAAUCGAAAUAUUGUUAUGAUGGCUAUCCUUCGAUGUGGCAUGCUCUUAAGCAUGCUCUUAUACCAACUACUCGCUACUGCAGUUGCACAAAACCCAUGUGUAUAUUCCGUUGGCACGAGCGGUAUUUGUAGACCUUUUGCUGAUUGCGAAGAAUUACACCACAAAGUAAUUUUUCCAAAUGACGCUUGUGAGGCAAAUACUUUUUGUUGUCCUAAUUAUGUUAUAAUGCCGCCACAUAACAAUAAUAUAAAAAUCAACAAGCUAGAGCCCAACCCAAUUCGUAUAAAUGGGAACAAAGCUGCGGAAAAUACACAAUCACCUCCAUUCAGCAAUACAAUAUUUACACCAGUCGCUCGAGAAAUUGUAGAGGGUAAAAAAAAAACUUACAUAAAUGCACCACGGGGCAUUCUAUUCAACACAGUAGGUCAACCUCCAAUUGUCGUCAAUACCGAAAGACCUACUCGAACCACGCCAAAACCAAUAACCACGACCACAGAAGCAAUACCAAAUUUAACUGAGGAAUUCUACAAGCGUUUAGGUUGGGCUUUCGGUAAUAAAUACAACCCAUACCACCAGCAGAAUGUGGUUACACCACAUAUUGACGUUGAAACUUCAACAGUGAGUGUAAUAAUCGAAGAAGUUACAACGAAUACUUCUAGUUUUAUGAGCAAUUUAAACCAAUUGGGCUUGCGUAAAUUAAGUUUACAGAAAUGUGGUUUUGUACAUAUUGAAAGUAAUCCUUCUAAGAGCAAUACUGAAGCGAAUUUACUUGAAUUCCCCUGGUUGGCUCUGUUGCGUUAUAACAGCGAUAGUAGACGUCCAAAUUUUACGUGCGGUGGCUCGCUGAUCACCGAACGUUGGGUGUUGACGGCAGCAAGUUGCAUUCGCGAGACAUUAAUCGGCGUACGCCUAGGUGAAUAUAAGAUAACAGAUAAAUCGCAAAAAGAUUGCGUACGAAAGGCAUGUUCCAUUUAUAAGGACUAUAAAAUUGCCAUUAGCGUGAAACAUGCGGAUUAUAAACCGGAAACGGGUAUCAAGGAUAUUGCACUAAUAAAAUUAAAAACUAAAGUUGAUAUAAGUAAAAAUAUCAAAACCAUUUGUUUGCCUACAAGAGUUGAACAUUUCAAUGUGCCCUAUGACAAUGAGCCUCUAACAAUAUCCGGUUGGGGUUUGAAAAAAGAAGGUGCCACGGAAGUAAUGAAAAAGCACGCAAUUAUUCGCAGUAAGUCACAAGUGUGCCAUCAAGCCUAUCCCGAACAGCGUGUGGAACAAUCUAAGCUUUGCUUAACCACACGUUAUGAGGAGCCCAGUACUUGUAGCGGAGACCAUGGUGGUCCAAUUAUAUGGCUGGUUAACGAUAACACUGAAUUUUUUACACAAAUCGGCGUUGUGCCUUUCGGUAUGGAUAAAUGCGGCGCUGCUGAUGGGGUUGUAUCGUCUUAUUAUAUUGAGAGUGUUGCCGAUUCAAUGGAUUGGAUAACGAAAGUUAUAGGCGAAGAUUAGUAAUAGCGAAAUGCAGAAUAAAAAUACAUGAAUUUCGCCCUGCUCAAUUAUAAAAAAA